UGACGCGGCCUUGCGCGCAACGUCUUCCCUUCUUUCUUUAACUCUCACGCUUUCAAGAUGGCUUCCGCAGAGGACAGCCAGUUUUUAAAGCAGGCGAACAGCCGGAACACUCGGGGCAUGCUCCGAGUGAUCAUUCUGUGUCUGAUUGCAGGCGCAGCUGUGUCCAGCCGUCUGUUCUCCGUCAUCCGCUUCGAAAGUAUCAUCCACGAAUUUGAUCCCUGGUUCAACUUUCGAGCGACAAAAUACCUCGUCCAGAAUGGCUUCUAUAGUUUCUGGGACUGGUUCGACGACCGAACAUGGCACCCUCUCGGUCGAGUUACCGGCGGUACCCUCUACCCCGGGUUGAUGGUCACCAGCGGCGUCAUUUACCACGCCCUCCGCUUCCUGGCGCUCCCUGUCGAUAUUCGCAACAUCUGCGUGCUCCUCGCACCCGGCUUCUCCGGUCUUACCGCACUCGCAACUUACCUCUUGACCUCCGAAAUGGUCACUUCGCCGUCCGCCGGUCUCCUCGCCGCUGCUUUUAUGGGCAUAACUCCCGGCUAUAUCUCGCGUUCGGUUGCUGGAAGCUACGACAACGAAGCCAUUGCUAUCUUCCUGUUGGUCUUCACCUUCUUUCUCUGGAUCAAGGCUGUCAAAGAAGGAUCCAUGUUCUGGGGCGCUCUGACUGCGCUGUUCUACGGAUAUAUGGUGUCUGCGUGGGGUGGAUAUGUCUUCAUUACGAACUUGCUCCCGCUGCACGCUUUCGUUUUGAUCUGCAUGGGAAGAUACAGCCCGCGACUCUACGUCAGCUAUACUUCAUGGUAUGCGCUUGGAACGCUUGCCAGCAUGCAGAUUCCGUUCGUCGGCUUCUUGCCCAUCAGGAGUAGCGAGCACAUGUCUGCGCUUGGCGUCUUCGGUCUCGUCCAAUUGGUCGGCUUCGUCGAGUACGUCCGCGCUCAGCUCCCGAGCAAGCAGUUCCAGACCCUCCUCCGUGCCUUGGUCGUCAUUAUUUUCGCGGUGGCUGUUGGAGGCCUCGUGCUCCUCACUGUAUCCGGCGUCAUCGCACCCUGGACUGGCCGCUUCUACUCGCUCUGGGAUACCGGAUAUGCCAAGAUCCACAUUCCCAUCAUUGCCUCCGUGUCUGAGCACCAGCCUACCGCAUGGCCGGCGUUCUUCUUCGACCUGAGCAUGAUGAUCUGGCUCUUCCCGGCCGGUGUGUACAUGUGCUUCCGCAGACUGACCGACGAGCAAGUCUUUAUCGUCAUCUACUCCGUCCUAGCCAGCUACUUCGCCGGCGUCAUGGUCCGUCUUAUGCUCACCUUGACUCCUAUUGUCUGCGUCGCAUCCGCAAUGGCUUUCUCACAGAUUCUGGAUACCUAUCUGGAUGCGCGGACUCCCAAAGCGCAGGCCAAAGAGAAUGGUAGCUCAGAGCCGGCCAAGGUCGCAGUUGCGGCAGUCCUCCCAGACGGGCUCCGAUCGACGCGAAGCCCGCUUGUCGGUAUCUACUCGUAUGCCUCUAGGCUGACCGUUGUCGGAGCAUCUAUCGUCUACCUCAUGCUUUUCGUGCUUCACUGCACAUGGGUUACUUCUAAUGCCUAUUCUUCUCCCUCUGUCGUGCUUGCUUCCCGACUUCCCGAUGGCAGCCAGCACAUUAUUGACGACUACCGAGAGGCAUACUACUGGCUCAGGCAAAACACACCGGAAAAUGCCAAGAUCAUGUCAUGGUGGGAUUACGGUUAUCAGAUUGGUGGUAUGGCCGACCGGCCGACGCUUGUUGAUAACAACACGUGGAACAACACGCAUAUUGCCACUGUGGGCAAGGCCAUGAGUUCAAGAGAAGAGGUCAGCUAUCCGAUCAUGCGCCAGCAUGAAGUUGACUAUGUCCUUGUCGUUUUCGGUGGUCUCCUCGGCUACUCGGGCGACGACAUCAACAAAUUCCUCUGGAUGGUCCGUAUUGCCGAGGGUAUCUGGCCUGAGGAGGUCAAGGAGCGCAAUUUCUUCACGCCACGAGGCGAGUACCGCGUGGAUGACGAGGCCACGCCAACGAUGAAGAACAGCUUGAUGUACAAGAUGUCGUACUACAACUACAACGCGCUUUUCCCUGCCGGGCAAGCAACGGACCGUGUCCGUGGAGCGCGACUCCCCGCGGAAGGCCCCAAACUCAGCACCAUUGAGGAGGCCUUCACUAGCGAGAAUUGGAUCAUCAGAAUCUACAAGGUCAAGGACCUCGAUAACUUUGGACGCGACCACCAGAGCGCCGUGGCAUUCGACCAGGGCCACAAGAAGAAGAAGACAACGAAGAGGAGAGGUGCACGUGUUUUGAGGGUUGAGUGAACGUGGGAGAAUUGAGCGCAUUUCCAUAGUAGAUUUUGCACUGUAAAAGUACCCGGACGGUUGCUUGGGUGGGCGGGCGUUCUAGGACCUUAAAAAGAAAGAUAGCUCCCACCCAUUUCCCUGCCAUGAUUCCGGGCUGUGAGACAUGAAGACGGGAUACAGGAAAUUGAUUGAGACGAGCACGGGUGUCAGAGAUUGGUAAAGGUAUGACUCUCUGUCUUGCAAUGGCGGCAUCGUGAUCGGUGCUCGAGGCUCGCGCGAGGCAGCGACCAGAGCACGGUCACUCACUCUUUCACCGCAUCCUUUCGUAGACCGCUCAACCAGCCAAUCUCUUUCGUCUGCUCUGUCGACUGUGC